CGCCAAUUCCACGCCUGCGCCGCGCUUUUUCCUGUCAUCCCGGUGCUUAGUACACUCCGCAUGAGGCGCACCUCUGAUCUCGUCUAAAAGCCCAAUACACCCCCGCCCCGGGGCUCAGGACGCGCCAACGACACGUCUCCGCAGCAAGCAGCUCAAACCUCCAUACCGAGCGUCGGACUACCCUUUAAUCCACCACCAUGGACGUCGUUCCCUCUACCACCCCAGACGAGGCAGUGCGCCUCUCCGCUAAGCGGACAGCCGAGCUCUUCGGCUCCGACUACCUAAUGGUCACCCCUUCCGUCGCCAAUGGCUCCAUCGCCACGUCCUACCGGCGCAAAGCAGAAUACGAAGAUGUGAAGGAACUCCCACCAGCACUCGCCGAGAAGCAAGCCAAAGCCGUGGCCGCUGGACGCGCCAAACGCCCCAAGAUCCAACCACAGCCCCAAGCCGCCGUGGACGGCAGCGGCGCGUCCAUGGCCCUCGUCAAGAAGGCCCCCGGCCCAGCAGCCGGCGGCGUCGGCGGUGAAAACGCUCCCAAGAGUCUCAUCCAACGUCCCUCGGCGACGAAACAGCAACGACCCGACUGGCACCCGCCAUGGAAGCUCAUGCGGGUCAUCUCCGGCCACUUGGGUUGGGUGCGCAGUUUGGCCGUUGAGCCGAACAACGAGUGGUUUGCUAGUGGUGCGGGCGACCGAACCAUCAAGAUCUGGAACCUGGCUACAGGUGCCCUCCGUCUCACUCUCACGGGUCACAUUUCCACCGUCCGCGGCCUGGCCGUGUCCCCCCGACAUCCCUACCUCUUCUCCUGCGGUGAAGACAAAAUGGUCAAGUGCUGGGAUCUCGAAACCAACAAAGUCAUCCGUCACUACCACGGCCAUCUCAGCGGCGUCUACACCCUCGACCUGCACCCCCGUCUGGACCUCCUCGUCACAGGCGGUCGCGACGGCGUAGCCCGCGUCUGGGACAUGCGCACCCGCGCCAACGUCCACGUCCUCGCCGGCCACAAGGGCACCGUCGCCGACGUCAAGUGCCAGGAAGCCGACCCGCAAAUCAUCUCGGGCUCCCUUGACGCCACCGUCCGCCUAUGGGACCUGGCAGCCGGUAAAUCCAUGGGCGUGCUCACGCACCACAAGAAGGGCGUGCGCGCUCUGGCCACCCACCCCCGCGAAUUCACCUUCGCCUCCGCCAGCACCGGCUCCAUCAAGCAAUGGAAGUGCCCGGAGGGCGACUUCAUGCAGAAUUUCGACGGUCAGAACGCCAUCAUCAACACACUCUCCGUCAACGAAGACAACGUCAUGUUCUCCGGCGGUGAUAACGGCUCCAUGUGCUUCUGGGAUUGGAAGACCGGGUACCAGUUCCAGAGCAUGGAUGCUGUCGCUCAGCCGGGUUCUCUGGAAGCCGAGGCGGGUAUUAUGGCUUCGACCUUUGAUCGUACUGGUCUGCGUCUUAUUACUGGUGAGGCUGAUAAGACCAUUAAGAUCUGGAAGCCGGAUGAUGAGGCCACGGAGGAAUCUCACCCUGUUACUUGGGCCCCGACCUUGGGCAGACAGAGGUAUUAGUUUGUUAGUGUGGCUUGUGGUGUGCUUCUGCUCAUUAUCAUCAAUACCCCCGAUGUCUUGUUUUCAGUUUGUUUAUCUUGAGUGUGUGUGGGGAGCUACUUUGAGGGGGUUUAGUUUUCUAGCUCUGAUGUUAUGUCAUGCUGUGUAUGCACUUAGGAGUUUAGCGUUAGUUAUUUGGGAUGUCAGCUUGGUUCCCUGG